AUGCCUACAAGUGUCCCGGCAGUCGAUAACGACCGUGGCGUCGAGCUCUCCAACCUCAGCGAGCGCGGCAACAACGUUACCGUGGCCAGCUUGAUCCGCGACGCAGUCCGCGCGGUCGUCCGCGAGGAAAUGCUUGCAGCCGUUUUCACGUCCGUAUCGGCGCCGACGCAAGCCUCUUCAAAAGCUCACGCACCAACGUCUGCCCCCAAAGCUCCGCCGCCUUCGUACGAUACGGCUUCGCGAACUCCAGUUCUCAGAGCCGACUCGGCCCCCAGAUCUGAGGACCCGCGGCCUUUAGCCAGCGGAACCCCCCCAGCGACCUUUGGCCGGCCGAACUCCCCAGCAGCCGGCUUUGCGACAACCAGCGGCUAG